AUGUCACUUUCUGAAUAUUUUACGCCUGUGGCAGAUGCUUCUGUUACAUUCGAUGGUACUCAAGUGAAACUUGACAUUCAAGAUAACAUAACUGAAUCCGACAUUGAAUCCGGUUCCUCUCAAUUGCCUCAACAACUAAAUGAUCUAACAUUUCAAGCCAAUGGAGGUGAAAUGGUGUUAGUUCUAGGUAAGCCAACAUCAUCACUGUUCAAAUCUUUAUUCCGUAGUAAGGAAUCGUUAGAAUAUUCACCAAAGGGUUCCAUUAAAUUCAAGACAAAUGAAUAUAAAUCAUACGCGUCCAAAUGUCCUCAUCAAAUUAUUUACAAUAACGAACAGGAUGUUCAUUUCCCCUUUCUUACGGUCCAACAAACAAUUGAUUUCGCAUUAAGUUGUAAAUUCGAUAUUACAAAAAAUGAACGUAUCAAAAUUAGAGAUGAAUUACUAAGAGAGUUUGGUUUAUCGCAUGUCAUGGAUACCGUGGUUGGUAAUGAUUUCGUUCGUGGUGUUUCUGGUGGUGAACGUAAACGUAUUUCUAUUAUUGAAACUUUUAUCGCCAAUGGGUCUGUAUAUUUAUGGGAUAACUCUACUAAGGGUCUUGAUUCUUCUACCGCUUUGGAUUUUCUUUCCAUCCUAAAAAAAAUGACUGAAGCAACUAAAUCUGUAAAUUUGGUCAAGAUUUCUCAGGCAAGUGAUAAAAUUGUUAAUAAAUUCGAUAAAAUAUUAAUGCUCUCUGAUUCGUAUCAAGUUUUCUAUGGUACUGUCGAUGAAUGUUUAAUUUAUUUCCGUGAUACUUUAGCUAUUCCAAAGAAUCCAAAUGAUUGUAUUAUUGAAUAUUUGACCUCUAUUUUGAAUUUACAAUUUGAUAAUACUGAUUCUUCCGUUGCUUCUAUCAGCAGUUCAACUAAGGGGAAAAUAACUUCUCAUGUUACAGAUUUGGCUGUUACUCCAUCUUCUGAACUUGAUUUAUAUCAUUUGUGGAUUAAAUCGAAAAACUAUCAACAUUGGAAAAAUGUGAUCACCAAAUCUAGUAGCACCAUCGAAUCAACUUCUCUAAAUCCCGCUGAUGUCACCCCAGUUUUCAAGAUUUCAUUACCAACUCAAAUUAGAUAUUGUACUCAAAGAGCUUUCCAAAGAAGUUUGGGUGAUAAAAUCUAUUUAACAGCACAAACCAUAUCGGUUAUUAUCCAAUCUUUAGUUAUUGGGUCUUUAUUCUAUGAUAUUCCACUCUCUACUCUUGGUUCUUAUUCAAGAGGUUCAUUAACUUUCUUUUCCAUUCUAUUUUUCACUUUCCUGUCUUUAGCUGAAAUGCCUGCUGCCUUCCAAAGACAACCAGUAGUGAGUAAACAGGCCCAACUUCAUUUUUACUAUGCAUGGGUCGAAACGUUGGCAACUACUUUCUUCGAUUAUACCUUCAAAUUACUUUUGGUCAUUAUUUUUAGUAUCUUACUAUACUUCUUAGCCCAUCUACAAUAUAAUGGUGCCAGAUUUUUCAUUUUCCUAUUGUUUUUGGCUGUGUAUAAUUUUGCCAUGGUCUCAUUAUUUUCCUUAGCGACAUUAAUAUCUCCAACUCUGUCAAUUGCAAACUUAUUAGCUGGUAUCCUAUUAUUGGCCAUUGCUAUGUAUGCAUCUUAUGUCAUUUAUUUGAAGGAUAUGCAUCCUUGGUUCGUUUGGAUUGCAUACUUAAACCCAGCCAGAUACGCUAUGGAAGCAAUCUUAGCAAAUGAAUUGUAUAAUCUAAAAUUGGACUGUAAGGACUCCAUUGUUCCAAGGGGCCCCACAUAUGAUAACGUCUCAUUUACAAGAAAGGCAUGUGCUUGGCAAGGUGCUACAUUGGGUAACGAUUAUGUUAGAGGAAGAGAUUAUUUAUCUCAAAGUUUACACUAUUCAUAUAGCCACGUUUGGAGAAAUUUUGGAAUUAUCAUUGCUUUCCUGGUCUUCUUUGUCUUCUGUUCUCUAGUUUCAGCCCAUUAUGUUAAACCAAUAUUAAAUAAGGAAAGAACUCCUGAAUGGCUCAAAAAGUUGAAGAGAUCAUCUCUAUUUCGUUCUAAGACCCCAUUGGUCAUGAGUGAUUCCAUUGAAAUGGAAAAGGUUACAUCUUUCUCUUCCUUAUCUUCAGAUAGUCCCAUUAUUAUUGAUAUGCAAAACAACAGUGGUACCCUUUCCGAAUCUGUUGAAACUCAAAAGCAUCUAAUUUCUUGGAAGAAUAUAAACUACACCAUAGGUGAUAAAAAGUUGAUAAAUAACGUUUCUGGGUUCAUUGGUUCUGGUCUAACUGCUUUAAUGGGUGAAUCGGGUGCUGGUAAGACAACAUUAUUGAAUGUAUUAGCCCAACGUAUCGAGAGUGGUGUUGUUACUGGUGAACUACUGAUUGAUGGUAAACCAUUGACAAAUGAAAACGCUUUUAGAAGAAGUAUCGGGUUUGUCCAACAACAAGAUUUACAUUUAGAUUUGCUAACUGUCAAGGAAUCACUGGAAAUAUCUUGUAGAUUGAGAGGUGAUGGUGACAUGAAGUAUUUGGAAACAAUCUCAUCUUUGUUGAAGUUGCCAAUGAACAAGCUGGUUGCUAAGCUAUCUCCCACUCAAAAAAAAUUACUGUCUAUUGGUGUUGAAUUGGUCACUAAACCUUCAUUGCUUUUGUUCUUGGAUGAACCUACUUCCGGUUUAGAUUCUGAGGCAGCUCUUACCAUCGUCAAGUUUUUGAAAAAGCUUUCUCAACAAGGUCAAGCCAUUUUCUGUACCAUCCAUCAACCCAGUAAGAGUGUAAUUAGCUAUUUCGAUAAUAUCUUUUUACUAAAGAGAGGUGGUGAAAGUGUGUUUUUCGGACCAACAAAGGAUGCUUGUGAUUAUUUCAUAUCCAAAGACCCAAGUCUUACUUUUGACUCUGAAUAUGAUAACCCCGCUGAUUUUAUUAUCGAUGUUGUCGGUGGAACUACUCAAAAUGAAGAAAUUGUUGAAAAAGAAAAUAAUUGGGCAAAUAUAUGGGAAAACUCAUUUGAAAAAGGUGCUAUCGAAAACGAUCUUUUGUCACUCGAAAGGGAGGCUUUAAGUGAAAAUGUAGAUUAUUCAACAUCUGUUUGGGAACAACCAAGCUACUGGAAGCAAUUACUUUUAAUUUCGAGGAGACAAUAUCUAUGCACAAAGAGAGAUAAAACAUAUGUUGCCGCUAAGUAUCUAUUAAAUUCAGGAGCUGGGCUUUUCAUCGGUUUUUCAUUUUGGAAUAUUAAGAAAAAUCUCAGUGGUUUACAAGAUUGUAUUUUCUUCUGUUUUAUGGCACUUUGUGUUUCAUCACCUUUAAUUAAUCAAGUUCAGGAUAAGGCAUUGAAAUCAAAAGAGGUCUUUAUUGCAAGAGAAUCAAGGUCAAAUACAUACCAUUGGUCGGUACUUUUACUUUCUCAGAUUAUAAUUGAAAUGCCGCUGGCUUUAACAAGUUCAACACUAUUUUUCUUGUGUGCGUACUUCUGUUGUGGAUUUGACAACUCUCCCCAUAUUGCAGGUGUCUUCUAUUUGAACUACAUUCUCUUUUCAGCUUAUUAUUUAACAUUUGGUUUGUGGUUAAUAUAUGCUGCACCAAAUCUACAAACAGCUGCUGUUUUCGUUGCCUUUUUCUAUAGUUUUACUGCUUCAUUCUGUGGUGUUAUGCAACCAUAUGGUCUUUUCCCUGGAUUUUGGAAAUUCAUGUAUAGAGUUUCACCUUACACUUAUUUCAUCGAUACAUUCGUGAGUUUGUUACUUCAUGAUAGAGAGGUCGUUUGUGGUAAUAUGGAAUUGGUGCCAGGCCAACCACCUGUGGGUCAAACGUGUGGCCAGUUUAUGGCAGCUUAUAUCGAAGAAUAUGGUGGUUAUUUGAAGAAUCCAAAUACUUUUACAGUUUGCGGUUAUUGUACUUACACUGUUGGUGAUGAUUUCUUAGAAGUGCAAAAUAUGAGUUACGGACAUAGAUGGAGAAAUUUUGGUAUCGAAUGUGCUUUUGUUGCCUUCAACUUUGUAGCCAUGUUUGUUGGUUACUAUAUGACAUACAUUAGCAAAGUAUGGCCUAAAGUCUUCAGAGUUGUUGGAAGAUUAUUCUCUAUCAGGUCACUAUUUACCAAGGCCUCCAAGUAG